AAGUGCAGGAUGAUGCUUCAAUAUCAUGGAGAAAGAGGAAAAAACACUUCUUUAUUUUGAGUAAUUCUGGCAAACCAAUAUAUUCCAGAUAUGGAGACGAGCACAAGCUAGCAGGUUUUUCAGCAACACUUCAAGCCAUCAUUUCUUUUGUGGAGAAUGGGAGAGAUCGCAUCAAUUUGGUGAGAGCAGGAAAGCACCAGGUAUGUUUAUAUUUUCUCUGUGCUCAGGUAAAAAAUUAGUGUUUGUUGAGUUUUCAACUUGAUGAUAAAUACAUUAAUUAGAACAGCUUUAUCAUCAUCUUGGCUAUUUAAUCUUAACAUGGUAAUUGUAAAUUCCUAAUAUUAUAUCUUUCAUCUGAAAUAUUUCAAGAGUACAACAAAAGGAAGCUGCAAGUUGAUUUGCAGUGAACUUUGAAUAUAGCUGUCUUGUUGGUGGUUGUUUUAACCAUGGUUAAGGAUACAGUCCAAUCAAUCAGAGCAUAUUUAGUUCUCUUCGUGCUUGCAGAUACUAAUCUUCUGAUUUUGAUAUUACAAAAUCCAGUCCUUUUAGUUCUUUAAUCAGUAUAAUGAGACACUGACGAAAUUUUGUGUCCAGGUGGUCUUCCUUGUUAAGGGACCAAUUUACUUAGUUUGUAUCAGUUGCACAGAAGAACCAUAUGAAUCAUUAAGGGGCCAAUUAGAGCUUAUUUAUGGUCAGAUGAUACUUAUCUUAACAAAGUCCAUAAACAGAUGUUUCGAGAAGAAUCCCAAGUUUGAUAUGACACCUUUGCUUGGAGGAACAGAUGUUGUUUUCUCAUCUCUCAUCCAUUCCUUCAGUUGGAACCCAGCUACAUUUCUUCAUGCAUAUACUUGUCUUCCUCUUGCUUACGCAACAAGGCAAGCAGCAGGUGCUAUAUUGCAAGAUGUGGCUGAUUCAGGUGUUCUGUUUGCCAUACUGAUGUGUAAACACAAGGUUGUUAGUCUUGUUGGUGCACAAAAAGCGUCUCUUCACCCAGAUGAUAUGUUGCUACUUUCAAACUUUGUAAUGUCAUCAGAAUCAUUUAGGCAAGUAGAAUAAACUUUGUAAUUAAUGUUUUAUUGAUGAACUCAGAGGAGCAUAUGAUGACAGCUGACUGAGAAGUCUUCACUGUGCUAAUUGGAGCAAUAUUAUGUGUUUUAACUAUGCAUAUCAAGUUGCUCUAUAAGCUUGAAGCAGUAAUGCUAACUUUAGCUUAGCUUAGCUUAGUUCCCUCCUUCUUGUCCCACCCUCUGAGCAUCUUCAUUUUGGCCAAAGUUAUCAUAUGCGAUGCAGAACUGUUCUUUCCAUUGGGCAUGACUUGAUCCAAUGUCAUAAUAAUAAAAAACCUUAUUCAUGUAUCUCCAAUUCUGUGUGAAACAUAUUUUCACUCUAUACUUUAAAGAAUAUUAAAUGGGUGAUUUUGCU